AUGCUUUUGGACCCAACUAUACAGAAGAUUAAUGAUGGGUCCUGUGUACCAUCUUUAUUUGACCUAAGUUCAAUGGUAGUAGCUCGACAUUUACCGUUUGAAUACAUCGAAUCUAAACUAAUUGACGUUCCCGACCAUAUUCAGGAGCGUAUUAUUUACUAUUCCUUUCCUCGCGAUUGUUCAUACAUCAAAACUUACUCGUCUUUCAAACCCCGCCAAAGUGGAUCCUCAGAAAAGUCUGCUUUCUCUAUUGGAGAACAGCUUUUCAAAAAGCAUUUUGUGAAUAACGUCAUCCAAAUUGGCUUUCAUUUGACUGGGUCGGUAAAGCCUGAUACUUGUGCAGUUUCGGGUUUAAUUGAUACUGUCUCAUACAACGUUUCAUUAACUUUUGACAGAUGCAAAAUAACAUCUGCUCACUGUUCCUGCCAAAAUCGUGGAUUAUCUUGGUGCCCCCACAUCGUUGCCUUAGCACUCUACAGAAUUAGCAAACCACAUCAUGUUAGUUACCGUGCUCCAAUUUCUGACACUUUGGUGAAAAUGGACCGGAAUCAACUACAGAAACUUGCUCAAUACCUGAUCGCCUCGCAUUCUGAUUUGGUCUUGUCAAGUGCUCAAAAUCUCGCAGAGGGUUUACUUGACGAAGGAUCAACCAUGAAUAAGAUAUCAGGAGCACCAGAUCCAACUGCGGGAGGUGGAAUCGAAGACUCCUCGACUUGGUACUUUGAUGAAAGUGGAGUUCGGGAACAAUUUCGCCUUGAUUUAGCUUCAAUUGCAAAUGGAUCAUUUGGUUCUGGACAUGGUGCAUUUGAUGGAUCUUUAUUACCUAACGCAAACUCUGGGAUGUCCUCAAACUUGCCAAAUUCCCACACUCAUGCCAGAUUCUUUUCAAAUGGUUCUUCUGAACAUGGACGAAAUCGAAGUAAUCGUCAUACUUCUGCUACUAUGGAUGAUUACUCCGCAAAAUCUCGCAGCCUGACUGGGAAAAUCUUCGCACAGACAUGGCUUGAGAACUAUCGCCAUCUCCAGAAGUCUAAGUUCCCGCUUUUUGGCUACAUGACUUUGUCGAGUUCCCCCAUAAACCAAUCAUCUUCGAAUUCCCUUCAUAAUAACAAUGGGUCAUCUCAAAGCCUCCAAGUUGGAUAUUCUCAAACCACUUCGAACUAUUCCAAUCCUUCUCACUGCCCAUCUAGAAGUCAAGUGGCUAUGGUUUUCGCCAAAACUUACGAACUCCUCUCAAUUCGAGAUAAAAAUGGUCCUCGACUUUUACGAAUAAUCACAGAAGAACUACUGAAUUCCGCAAGCAUGAUGAAUCUCAGCAGAGCCCGAAGGAAUAAUCGUUCGAGUGUUCAAGGCGAAAGGACAAACUGGGAUCUUUACGCAGGAGAAGUUGAUGAAAAUUCGGACGAUAAUGAUGGUCAAGAUUUGCUUCCUCGUCAGAAUAACAACGGAAGCGCAGUUAGUCAGCCUCCAAUUUGGAUGAUUUCAAUGUGGGAAGAAGUUGGACGUCUGUGGACAUGUCUUCUUUUGGCUCCAGAAAUCGAAGCAUCUGCUCGUAAAGAAUGGCUUGAAUGUCUUCAAAUUUGGUCCGCUUCUUCUUAUACUCCUCGCGACGCAAUAUAUCGACUCCCAGAGUAUGCGCAGAAGGAGGAUAGUUCAGAGGUUAAUCGUAGUAACCAGGAGUCAUUUUCCGUUUUCCAAUUAGCUCGUGAUAUCAGCCACCUGGAAUUCAAUAUAUCAAUGAUUGCUAAUCCUAUCACCCGAGAAAUGAUUUCUGAUGUGAUCGGCACUCUAUCUUCCUUACCAUCUCAUUGCAUCUGUCCAUUCUGUUUAGUUUCUGCGGUGAUUGCACAGUGCUGGAGUCCUCAGGAAACUUUUAUCACCUUGUGUCUUCGUGCAUCAGCCUUGAAUGUCACUGGAUAUGAGAAAGAUGGAUCCAAACUCGCUUUCCUGCUUGCGAAAACUCUUUUGGAUUGUCUGGAUGAAGUCUACGAAAGGUUGUCAGAGAAGAAUUCACUUUCAGCUGCCAACCUUUCUCGCUCGAACUCGGGGAAUUCAAAUAAAAGUAACGGACAGAAUACAGUGAUAUCUAUUGGCGGAAUUGGAAGCCAUCCUCGAGGAAAUCUAAAGAAUUCCACCACGGUUCCAUCUGUAGAAUCGUUUCAGCCAUUGAUACCAUUGCCACUUCCUCCACCCACAAUGCCUCAAAAUUAUAUUUCAGUAUCUCAGCGUGAUUUCUAUCCUUUCGGUUCUACGCCAGCAUCAAACCUUACUCAAUCUUUGAAUUUAUCAUUUUCACAACCACUGACAAAUUCAUCUUACACCCUUCCUUAUGCAGAUUCCUUUUUGACUACACCCCAAUUUCUCAAUCCACCAUACCAAAAUAAUCGAUAUCGAUGUUCACCCUGGUCUCGAAGUAAUUUCAGGGCUCCAGAGCCCGUUAAUUUUCCCUCAUUCUGUUGUUCCGAAACCUCGUCUGAGUGUCCCUUCCACGAGCAUGGCUGGCUAGGUCUUCCCGGACGACCUAUCAUCAGUUUAGUGGAAUGUCUCUUAGAAGCGGCUUCUCAGAAAACGGAGGAGUUAUCAAAAAAUGGCAACACUGCCAGUGACUAUAUUCACCUUGCAUUGAAAGUGAGUCGUUCUGUUUGUUAA